CGCAGGAAGGAGGUUGCCUGGCAGCGCUGCGCCUUAGGAAGGGUGCGACAUGUAAACCUCACUCUCACAUGAUCGGCAGUCGAGCUGUGCCACCAUGUUGGGUAGGAUAUGCGUCGUUUUUCUUCUGGCGGCCUGUGUGCUGCCAGGACAGGGUAGUCUUCUGGGGAGCAAGAAGUGCACAUAUGGUCCCAGCUACUGGUGCUCAUCCCUCAAGGGUGCCAAGAAGUGCAAUGCUGUGCAGCACUGCAUCCAGACUGUGUGGGAGAAGCAGCGUCUGCCAGAGGACAAUGAUGACAUCUGUACCAUCUGCAAGAACAUGGUGCAAGAGGCAAGGGACACACUGCUCAGCAAUGAAACACAGGAGGAGAUCCGUGAAGUGUUUGAUGGAUCCUGCCGCCUCAUCCCCAUCAAGCUGGUGGCAGAUGAGUGUGUUGACCUUGCGAAUGAUUUCAUCCCAGAGCUGAUUGACACCCUGGCCUCAGAGAUGAAUCCCCAGAUGGUGUGCGCCACUGCUGGACUCUGUAACUCUGUAUCAAUAGACAGGCUGCUUCGUGAAUACAAGAAGACUCAUCCUGAUCAUGAAAAUGCAAUCAUCCCAGUCCAGACUCGGCCUGUCCAGCGGCCACAGACGCCACAGCCUGGUGACUGUGAAUCAUGCAAAGAUUUUGUAAGAAGAACAAUUCGCCUUGUGAAAACUCACUCCCGAGCUGAGCUGAUGGACCGUUUGCUAGCCAUCUGUGGCCGACUUGGAUCUCUCUCUGAUGGCUGCAUGGCACUGGUUGAAGCAAACUUUGAAGACAUUUAUGUGUUUCUCACUCAGAAAUUAACCCCUGAAGACUUCUGUGACCUUGUUGAAAUGUGUGAGACACGGAUGCAUGAAGGUGAAUUUUACCAGCAACCAGCUCUUCCUCACACUGGGGAUGAGGCAUGUGACUUCUGUGAGGUAAUUGUGCAACACUGGCGAGAUAUCCUGACAGCCAACACUACAGAGGUGGAAUUUAAGGAGAUUUUGGAUGGACUGUGUCAUCAUACUGGAAAAUUCAGUAAGAAUUGCCUUGCUCUGGUGGAUGAAUAUUAUGAACCUCUGUAUCAUCUGCUUGUGUCAGAAAUUCAUCCCAAGCAGAUAUGUGAAGCAGUUGGUUUGUGUGGAGAGACUUCAGUUUUCAACCAGCUGCCUCCAGUAUGGACUCUACUAAAGCCACAGGAGCCAGGUGUUGUGGCCCAGGUACCCCUCCUCCCAGCUCUACCUGUACAACAUGAGCCAGGCAGCAGGAUGACUGGCCAGGAUGAGGCUGCUGCCAUCAAUCAUGAGCACCAAGGGGACCAAACUCUACACCUGCCCCAUGUUUCUUUGAGUGGCUCUGGCAUUGCUGUGUCACAUGUCGGCACAAAUGGUGUUGUUGCUCCAGCUGUAGGCAAAACUAACAUCAAGGAUGACAACAAAUGUGUCAUGUGUGAGUUUGUGAUGCAGUUCCUUCGCAACAUGUUGGAGCAAAAGGACACUCGGGAGGACAUUGAAAAUGCAGUGGAAAGUGUCUGUGGGCUGAUGCCGCACCACUUGUCUGAGGAAUGUGAAGAUUAUGUGGAGGCAUAUGGAGACCAAGUUAUUGAACUGCUGGCCCAGGAAAUAGACCCAGCUAAGGUGUGCCAGAUGAUCCAUCUUUGCCCCGCUGAACCUGAAGCAAUGCCACAAAAGGAUGAUGUGUCCUGUGUGAUGUGUGAAUAUGCCAUAACUCAGCUUGACAAGAUGCUUGGAGAUCACAAGACUGAGGAAGAGAUCCGUCAAGCCUUGGACAACCUGUGUAGUGUGCUGCCCAAGACGGUGCGUGCUGAGUGCCAGUUGUUUGUGGACACCUACACAGACCAGGUCAUCCGCAUGCUUAUCAAUGAAUUCACACCUGACCAGAUCUGCAUUCAACUCCACCUCUGCAAGCCUGACACUCCUCAACUCCAGGAACUCACUAGUGCGAACCAGCUCCCUCUGUCUCGCAUGUUUGUAGGCAUCCCACCUCAGCCUCAGGUACCAUCCAACAGCAUCAGUGGCUCAAGUGGUAAGGUGCACCAGUCAACAGAAUGUGUGUUGUGCGAGUUUGUCUUGACGAAGAUUGACAAUUAUAUUAUGGAUAACACUACCAAGAAUGAGAUAAUAGAAGUGGUUGACUUUGUUUGUGCCCACCUGCCCUCCACACUCAUGAAUGACUGCAUAGACUUUGUGGAUCUGUAUGGUGACUCCAUCAUUGACAUCCUGGUGAAUCAGGAGCUGGAUCCCAAAUUGGUUUGUCAGACACUGAAGCUCUGCAAAGCUUCUUCAUUCACAGGGUUGAGGGCCACCACCCACAUGAACAAGUGUCAGAUUUGUGAGGCCAUCGUGACACAGGUGGACAAUGAACUAGAGAAGGAAGACACAGAGAGACUCAUUGAUUCCCUGCUGGAGACAGUGUGCAAGUACCUGCCUUUCAACACCAGCAGCCAGUGCCGUGACAUGGUAGAAGUUUAUGGGCCUUACUUGGCCAACCUUCUGGCGGAAGUGUUGGUACCCAGGAAGGUGUGUGAGGAGUUGCAUGCCUGUCAGAGGUCACCUGGGCAGCACAGCCUCCUCGGUGGAUCCAAGUGUACUUGGGGACCCUCGUAUUGGUGCCAGACCAUGAUCCAUGCCAAAGCUUGCAAUGCUGCCACUCACUGCCAGCAGACUGUGUGGAGGAUGCACACACCCCUCAUCUAAGUCCCUCAUCUAAGUGUUGUGCCAGCUGGGAGAGCUGCCUCAUGCUGCUGACUUUGCUCUCUCUGGAAAAAAAAAAUCAAGAGAUGAAGUUGGGAGAACAGGAGAUGGUUUGUGUCAGCAUUUCCCCUUCAUUCAAAAUUUUGUGUUUAGUUCAGGAA